AUGGAUAAGGAUUUGGAUGCCACCUCACACCCCACUGGAGAUCGAGGUCCAGUGAGAGAUCUCGGUUUGUCACCUCAGACCGUCCAACAACAACCUAGUAGCAAGUAUCAGAGGAAUAUAACGAAUCUCUAUCAUAUCACAAGGAUUGACAAUAGAAGAAUGGCUAUUCAUCUCAUAGUAGUAGUAGUAGUGGUGUCCUCUGCCGACUUCUACAACAACAACAACAACAACAACAACAACAAGCCCCUCAAAUUUACAGCCUACUCAGUAGUGGAUCAUCCUGCCGGAUCCUGUAAUGAUGCGGAGGAGGAACCCCCCAGAGCACAGAAGAAACAAGGAUUCCGAACCAUUGGCUUCAUCUCCCAAAAACACCGUGAAACUCCUCCAACGAGACCCGAGCUGAACACAUUCAGAAGCUUAGAGUACAAGUCAGAUCAGUCAUUUGCUCACUGGUAG